GGAGUGACACGGGCCUGUUUUCAUUUCAGACAGGUCCUGGGGCUGCCGUACACAGAGGGGAUUAGAGGAGGGCUAAGGCCAGGCUCAGAUGCCGGGUGAGAAAUGGGGGCCUGAAGUUAGGUGGUGUUACUGAGGAAGGCUAAGAAAAGACAAGUGCAAGCCAAGAAUGACGUGCAAUGGAGACGACAUGGGUCACGAAUGCAAGUCAGAUGUAAAAUGUAGACAUUUCUAGGAGUCCCAUUGGAAGCAUAAAAAGAAGCAGGUGAAAUUGAUUUUAAUAAUGUAUUUUAUUUAACUGAAGACAUUCAAAAUAUUCUAAUUUCUGCAUGUGGUUAAAAAAAAGUUUCUGGGGGUGGGGAGAGGAUAUUAUCUUAAAAUCCAGUGUGUAGACUUUAGAGUUCCAGCAUGGCUCAACUUGGACUAGUCACAUUGUAAAUGUUCAGUAGCUCUACCUGGUUAGGAGUUACUAUACUGUGCAUUGCAGAGAAGUUAGACUUCUUGACCAAUUAUGUUGUGUGUGUGUGUGUGUCUGUCUGUCUAUCUUGGGUGGCACAGAGGCAAGGAAGCCAGAGAUGUUGACCGUGACCCCCAGGUCUCCAGGUCUCAUGGUUACUAUGAUGAAUGGAUACAGGAAAUCCAGAAGCAGAGUGCAUUCAGGGCUGGGCCCUGUUGCAGUAAGAGUCUCUGCGGGACUUCCUCCCUCCCUCCCCUGGAGAUGAGUUGGGGGCUGGCCUCUGCAGCCUGACUGAGGGGCAAAGCCGCGCCUGACCUUGGCUUUUCCUGAGGAAGGAACCAGGGGACCCAGAGCAGGAGCCGGGCUGGUCAAGCCAUCCAGUGCCGCAGCUUUUCUGAAGACUGUUACAUUGGUUGGCUUGGUCCCCAGUGGUCCCCCUCUCCCCUGGAGUCCUCGGUGAGGUCGUCACCCCAGCCCUCCGACGGCCCACCCUUACCAGCUGUGUUGCCGAACCGAUGACAGGAUUCAUUUCGCAAUUCCCGGAAGGCACGCAGCAGGGCCCUGCGGAUGGAAGGGGCCCGUGGAAAGAGGCUCAGUCAGAGUUGGGGCCGCCCCUCCUGGCCGCCCUCAGGUCUCCGCUGACGUCUCCAUCUGGCUUCUCGCUUCGCCAAUCUCCCCAUGUCCCUCUUAUUUCCCACCCCUGUAUGACUUCCCAGCUGCCGCCCUAGCCCCCGCAGUCCUCUGCUCCCCCAAAUUGCAGUCAGGGGAAGAAGCGCUAACCCGUUCUCCCGCCCCUGCUCCCGGGUCCCAUUGGUCCCCUCCCCCGCUGCAGCACCUGAGCCCCCCGGCCUCCCGAUUGGCCCGCGGCCCCGUCAAUCCCGCCUGGCUGUGCUGACGUCAUUCUGCAGUAGCGGGCAGGGGUGGGAGUGAGAGAGCGUGAGGACGCGGGGCUCGCGGGGGAACGCGAAGGGGCCGCGGCGAGUGCCCCACCUCGGCCGCCCGGCUUGGGGUCUCAGGGGCGGCUCUAUGGCCUAGCGUGCGCGGCAGGCUCCUCUCUGCGGCUUCCCUGCUGCCCCCGGGGUUCCGUCCGCUCCUCCGAGAGCCCCCGCAUCCUCCUCCAAGGUGGAAUAAGCAGGCGUGCGGCUCCCAGGGGACCGCAAGCCUGGCCCUGCCCUGCCGAGCUCUGCACCAUGGCCCUGCUGCUGCUGCCCCUCUUGCUGGCCUUUCUGCACCCUCCCAGCUCCGCUAACAAAGCCAACAAGCACAAGCCAUGGAUCGAGGCAGAAUACCAGGGCAUAGUCAUGGAGAAUGACAACACGGUGCUGCUGAACCCUCCACUCUUCGCCCUGGAUAAAGACGCCCCCCUGCGCUAUGCAGGUGAGAUCUGUGGUUUCCGGCUCCAUGGGUCUGGGGUGCCCUUCGAAGCUGUGAUCCUGGACAAGGCAACAGGAGAAGGGCUGAUCCGGGCCAAGGAGCCAGUGGACUGCGAGGCCCAGAAGGAACACACCUUCACCAUCCAGGCCUACGACUGUGGCGAGGGCCCCGACGGCGCCAACACCAAGAAGUCCCACAAGGCGACUGUGCACGUGCGGGUCAACGAUGUGAACGAGUUUGCCCCAGUGUUUGUGGAGCGGCUGUACCGUGCCGCAGUGACGGAGGGCAAGCUGUAUGACCGCAUCCUGCGGGUAGAAGCCAUCGACGGCGACUGCUCUCCGCAGUACAGCCAGAUCUGUUACUACGAGAUCCUGACCCCCAACACCCCUUUCCUCAUUGACAACGAUGGGAACAUCGAGAACACAGAGAAGCUGCAGUACAGCGGCGAGCGGCUCUAUAAGUUUACAGUGACGGCUUACGACUGUGGGAAGAAGCGGGCGGCGGAUGACGCUGAGGUGGAGAUCCAGGUGAAGCCCACCUGUAAACCCAGUUGGCAAGGCUGGAACAAAAGGAUUGAAUACGCACCUGGCGCUGGGAGCUUGGCUUUGUUCCCUGGCAUCCGCCUGGAGACCUGCGAUGAACCGCUCUGGAACAUUCAGGCCACCAUAGAGCUGCAGACCAGCCACGUGGCCAAGGGCUGUGACCGAGACAACUACUCCGAACGGGCACUGCGGAAGCUCUGUGGUGCUGCCACUGGGGAGGUGGAUCUGUUGCCCAUGCCCGGCCCCAAUGCCAACUGGACAGCAGGGCUCUCAGUGCACUACAGUCAGGACAGCAGCCUCAUCUACUGGUUCAAUGGCACCCAAGCCGUGCAGGUGCCCCUGGGUGGCACAGCCGGGCUGGGCUCUGGGCCCCAGGACAGCCUCAGUGACCACUUUACCCUGUCUUUCUGGAUGAAGCAUGGUGUAACCCCCAACAAGGGCAAGAAGGAGGAGGAGACCAUCGUGUGUAACACUGUCCAGAAUGAGGAUGGCUUCUCUCACUACUCACUGACCGUCCAUGGCUGCCGAAUUGCCUUCCUCUACUGGCCCCUGCUGGAGAGUGCGCGCCCGGUCAAAUUCCUCUGGAAGCUGGAGCAGGUCUGUGAUGACGAAUGGCACCACUAUGCGCUGAACCUCGAGUUUCCCACGGUCACACUCUACACUGAUGGCAUCUCCUUCGACCCCGCCCUCAUCCAUGACAACGGCCUCAUCCACCCACCCCGGCGGGAACCUGCUCUCAUGAUCGGGGCCUGCUGGACAGAAGAGAAGUACAAAGAGAAGGCAAAGGGAGGCGACAACAGCACGGAGAGCACCCAAGGAGACCCCUUGCCGAUCCACCACUACUUCCAUGGCUACCUGGCUGGGUUCAGCGUGCGCUCAGGGCGCCUGGAGAGCCGCGAGGUCAUCGAGUGCCUCUAUGCAUGUCGGGAGGGGCUGGACUAUAGGGAUUUCGAGAGCCUGGGCAAAGGCAUGAAGGUCCACGUGAACCCCUCGCAGUCCCUGCUCACCCUGGAGGGGGAUGAUGUGGAGACCUUCAACCACGCCCUGCAGCAUGUGGCUUACAUGAACACUCUGCGCUUUGCCACGCCCGGCGUCAGGCCCCUGCGCCUCACCACUGCCGUCAAGUGCUUCAGUGAAGAAUCUUGCGUGUCCAUCCCCGAGGUGGAGGGCUACGUGGUGGUUCUGCAGCCUGACGCCCCCCAGAUCCUGCUGAGUGGCACCACUCACUUCGCUCGCCCAGCUGCGGACUUCGAGGGACCCGAGGGGGUCCCUUUGUUCCCCGAUCUUCAAAUCACUUGCUCCAUUUCUCACCAGGUGGAGGCCAAAAAGGAUGAAAGUUGGCAGGGCACAGUGACAGACACGCGGAUGUCGGACGAGAUCGUGCACAACCUGGACGGCUGUGAAGUUUCCCUGGUGGGGGAUGACCUGGACCCCGAGCGCGAAAGCCUGCUCUUGGACGUGGCAUCCUUGCAGCAGCGAGGGCUGGAGCUCACCAACACGUCUGCCUACCUCACCAUCGCGGGGGUGGAGAGCAUCACUGUGUACGAGGAGAUCCUGCGGCAGGCCCGGUACCAGCUGCGACACGGAGCUGCCCUCUACGCCAGGAAGUUCCGGCUUUCCUGCUCUGAGAUGAACGGCCGCUACUCCAGCAAUGAGUUCAUCGUGGAGGUCAACGUCCUGCACAGCAUGAACCGUGUGGCCCACCCCAGCCACGUGCUCAGCUCCCAGCAGUUCCUGCACCGUGGUCACCAGCCUCCCCCUGAGAUGGCUGGACACAGCCUGGCCAGCUCCCACCGGAACUCCAUGGUCCCAAGCGCUGCGACCCUCAUCAUCGUGGUGUGCGUCGGCUUCUUGGUGCUCAUGGUCGUCCUGGGCCUUGUCCGAAUCCACUCCCUUCACCGCCGCGUGUCGGGGACCGGCGGGUCCCCGGGCGCCUCCAGUGACCCCAAGGACCCCGACCUCUUCUGGGAUGACUCUGCCCUGACCAUCAUCGUGAACCCCAUGGAGUCCUACCAGAGUCGCCAGGCCGGUGUGGCAGGGGCUGCCGGGGGCGGCCAGCAGGAGGACGAGGACAGCAGUGACUCGGAGGCGGCCGACUCGCCCAGCAGCGACGAGAGACGCAUCAUUGAGAGCCCCCCGCACCGCUACUGAGGCCCACACCCGUCCCCAGACACAGAGAGAGCUAUGCCCCGGGGGAGGCAGACCCCCUGGACAAGGGAGCUGGGCGUUCUGAGAGCAGAGGGGCCCGGAGGCUGCCAGCUGUGCAGUUGGAGCCUGCACAGACCCCCUCGGGGCCCCUUCACUGCCUACCCCACCCCAGCCCACCUCCCACCAUGGCCUCUGGGCUCCCUUUCCCCUGUGGCUGCCAGGGCAGGCCGCGCUGGAGAGAUGGCUGGAGACCUCUGACGGCCUGUUCUGCACGGCGACCCCCUGCCGUGGCUGCUGUCCCCUUGGCUCACUUGUGUCUCUGGCCCCAUCCCAGGUCCGCCACGCACGGUCUUGGGGGUAGCAGGGUCUUGGGGGUGACAGUAGCCAUGGCUGGGGCCAGGGUGGGAUGGCAGCAAGCCCCCUGGGUCCCCUUCUCUAAUCUCUCCUGUCCCCCGGAGCCUCCUUGGGCUCCCUCACUUCUCCGAGAGCCCCCCUCGCUCUACUUCCAUUUCUGUCUGGGGAUCCCUGCUUCUCCUCUCCCCCACUUCCCUUCCCUUUUUGCCCUCUUUCCUGUCCUGCCCUCACAGUCCUGAGCCCCUACAGCCUCCUCCCUUCCUCUGUGACCUGGCUGUGGCCGGGUUGUGGGGGUGGCUGAGGAGAGGGGCCUCGUGUGUAUUAUAUAUAAUGUAUAUUUUUUCAAUGUUGUCGUGAGCGCAGCUCCUGUGUUCCUGCGUGCAGCUCACAGCCUUGUGUGUGCGUGUGUGUGUGGCAUUGUCAUGUCCUGGGGUGGAGGUAGGGGGAUGGGUGUGUGGGGGAGGGGACACACCCUGGGAUUUUCAAAUAAAAGAACCAGAAAAAAGCUCCA